AUGUAUCUAAUUUAUAAACAUAUAACAGAGGAACCAGAAUGCAAUAAGCCGAAUGAGUCACUUCAAUGUGUUAAGGCUUGUCCGCCUGAAAGAACUUGUCAAAAUAGAAAUGUGUUUUAUAGAUGCGCCAGUAAUAUAAACGAAGUUCGUGAAAAUAAAUGCGUUUGUAACGAUGGCUUCAACAGAAAUCCUGAUAGCGUAUGCAGCACAAGCGACCUUUGUGAACGUUGUUCCCAGCAUUCAAAAAAUGGAGAAGAUCAAUGGGACUCUGGUACUUCAGCAGACUGUUUUCUUUUUGAGAGAUAUUUAUAUCGCUGGGUGUCUUCAACGUUCUCUAAAACAAUAAAUGAUAACACUGAACAAAAUGAUAUUAUUGCUAUACCGGCUGAAACAGUAUGCAGUACAAUUAAAGGCGAAAUAGUACUUCCAGUACUCGUGGAAAAUCCUUCGCCAUGCGGUGAUCAGUACUGUCCUGUAAAUAAAAAGGCUGUGAAAAAUGCUUGUCCAGCUUCCAUUUCAUCGGAUAAUGAGCUUCCUCAACGCUGUGAAUGCCGUUUUAAUUACAGCCGCGCUAAAAACGGGACUUGCAUCCCUACAAGUCAAUGCCCACCUUUUCCGUGUGGCCCUAACGAAAUGUUUGUCGCUUGUCCGCCGUACUGCCCUACCGAUGACUGCAGCCCAGCAACUUCUUCCGGAAAAUGUCCGAAAUUUGGUCGCAUCGGUAUCGUAGUGUCGUGCCGGCCGCAGUGCCGAUGUAUUGAAAAUUAUUGUCGCAAGAACAAUGUUUGUGUUCCUUCCGAACAAAGUAAAAAUUCGAAUCGUCUUGAAAAUAUGUCAGAAAUACGAGUUUGA